UUCACUAUCCAUCCGCUUUCCUCUCCCCCCUCUCUCUAAAACACAUCCCUCCGCUCACCACCCACCCACCUGUUUCAUUCUCUACAACACGCGGAGAAAGCUCGCGCUCACCUCCACCCUGCUUCCUCGCGCUGGAGCGCGUUCUGGUCCCGCCGUCACGGGAGAGGACGCACAGGUACAGCAGCGGGAGAUCCUUCCCCUCCUGUCUCACUAAAGCUUCUUUAUCGAGUGACGCUAGAGCGCCAAACCAACAACCUUCUCGCGUUCCGCUCACGCGGAGCUUGUUGAUCUCACCCCGCCUUGGUCCAUCGGAUCUGGGAUAGUUCCGGUGAUUGAUCGACUCUUCCUAAAGCGACGGGGGCUGCGGGAGGGAGACUACGCGAAAGGGGGGGGUCGUCUGAAUCACCAGGAGGGGAUCAGGGGGAUCUGUUACCGCUUAUUAGAUAUGGCGACGUGAGAUGAAGAAACCGAUUGGAGACAUGAACGCAGACCCGGGGAGAUGAGCCGAGUCCACAGCGGGGAACACACUCACACAACCAGUUGAAUCUGGUCUUUUUUGACUGACUAAAGUUGGACCAAGCGCUGUUGGACCGGCGGACAUGUUGCUCUGUUCUGGGAGAAGGUUCCUGGAGCAACUCCUCGAGACCAUAUGACGAAUGUAGGAAACUGAGAAGAUUGUGGCCGUCCAGCAUCUCCAGCAACUCCGGCAUCUCCAGCAUCUCCAACAUCUUCAGCAUCUUCAGCUCAUCACACCCCUCCUCAGUCCAGCCGUUGGAUCGUUGGUUUCUUCUAUUCCUGGGAUCACUGUUCAUCUGGAGGCUGAAGAUGCCGUUCCACCAUGUGCGAGCAGGCCUACUCUACCCUGACAACUACCUCAGCAGCUCGCUCUCUGAGGGCAGCGAAGCCUUCCAGCUCACCAGCAUCUCCCCAGAGGAGCUCGCAGAAAUCCGAGAGGCAUUCCGUAUUCUGGACCGCGACGGGAACGGCUUCAUCUCCAAGCAGGAGCUGGGCAUGGCCAUGCGCUCCCUGGGCUACAUGCCCAGCGAGGUGGAGCUGGCCAUCAUCAUGCAGAGGCUGGACAUGGAUGGGGACGGCCAGGUGGAUUUCGAGGAGUUCAUGACCAUCCUGGGCCCCAAGCUGCUGUCCUCUGACAAUAGAGAAGGCUUCCUGGGCACGACCAUCGACAAUAUCUUCUGGCAGUUCGACAUGCAGCAGCUGUCUCUGGACGAGUUGAAGCAGGUUCUGUUCCACGCCUUCCGAGACCACCUGACGAUGAAGGACAUCGAGAACAUCAUCAUCACUGAGGAGGAGAGCCUCAAGGAGUCUUCUGGGAACUGCCCCGAGUACGAAGGAGUCCACCCUAAGAAGAAGAAUCGACAGACAUGCGUCCGGAAAAGCUUGAUUUGCGCCUUCGCCAUGGCGUUCAUCAUCAGUGUCAUGCUCAUCGCGGCCAAUCAGAUGCUGCGAAACGGCAUGGAGUGACGAACACUGCGCUGCGGAGCGCAGGAAGGGACCACAGAGCCAUGACCUCACAUCCUGUCUUUUUUCAGCCAGAGCUGGACACAGCCACAACACAAGAUCUUCUCUAGAUGACCCCUAGUGUUUCUUUAAUGGGGAGCAUUGGACACUCUAAGGGACUGCUUCACAAGGGGGGGGAGGGGAACGCAGCCUGGAUGUGUGGAGGUCGAAGAGGAAACACAAAGUGAUACAACUUGUUUUGUUUUGAUAUUUUAUAAAUCAUAUGAAAAUACGGGAUAUUUCAUUUAACUGUUUUCAAGAUUGUCUCUCAUCCUUUAACCUUGAUUUUCUAAUUAACGCUACUCUGUCUAAUAUGUUAUCAGGUGUUUUGGGCCAAUCCCAGGUUCAAACCCUGUCAUCCCGUGUCGGAUGGCCCCCGUUCAGUCUUGGAAUAACCAGGGUGAUACAGCCCCCCCACAGGCUCCUCUAUACUAGUGUGUGGCCCCGCGGGGCCCGGAGCCAGGGUGCAGCUUUAUGUUAACGAGAUGCAGCAUCAUGUAUAACGAGGUGCAGCGUCAUGUACAACGAGGUGCAGCGUCAUGGUAACGAGGUGCAGCAUCAUGUUAAAGAGGAGCAGCGUCAUGUAAACAAGGUGCAAUAUCAUGUUAACAAGGUUCAGAAUCAUGUAUAACGAGGUGCAGCAUCUUGUAUAAUGAGUUGCAGCAUAAUUUAUAAUGAGAUGCAGCACCAAGUUAACGAAGUGCAGCAUCAUGUUAAUAAGGUGCAGCAUCAUAUAUAACGAGGUGCAGCAUCAUGUUAAUAAGGUGCAGCAACAUGUAUAAGAAGGUGCAGAAUCAUAUAUAACGAGGUGCAGCAUCAUGAUAACGAGGUGCAGCUUUAUGAUAACGAGGUGCAGCAUCAUGUAAACGAGGUGCAGCAUCAUGUUAACGAGGUGCAGCAUCAAGUUGACGAGGUGCAGCAUCAUAUAUAACGAGGUGCAGCAUCAUAUAUAACGAGGUGCAGCAUCAUGAUAACGAGGUGCAGCAUCAUGUAUAAUGAGGUGCAGCAUCAUGAUAACGAGGUGCAGCAUCAUGUUAACGAGGUGCAGCAUCAUACAUAACGAGGUGCAGCAUCAUGAUAACGAGGUGCAGCAUCAUGUAUAACGAGGUGCAGAAUCAAGUUGACGAGGUGCAGCAUCAUGUUAACGAGGUGCAGCAUCAUGUUAACGAGGUGCAGCAUCAUGUAUAACGAGGUGCAGCAUCAAGUUGACGAGGUGCAGCAUCAUAUAUAACGAGGUGCAGCAUCAUGAUAACGAGGUGCAGCAUCAUGUUAACGAGGUGCAGCAUCAUACAUAACGAGGUGCAGCAUCAUGAUAACGAGGUGCAGCAUCAUGUAUAACGAGGUGCAGCAUCAAGUUGACGAGGUGCAGCAUCAUGUUAACGAGGUGCAGCAUCAUACAUAACGAGGUGCAGCAUCAUGAUAACGAGGUGCAGCAUCAUGUAUAACGAGGUGCAGCAUCAAGUUGACGAGGUGCAGCAUCAUGUUAACGAGGUGCAGCAUCAUGUUAACGAGGUGCAGCAUCAUGAUAACGAGCUGCAGCAUCAUGUAUAAUGAGGUGCAGCAUCAUGUUAACGAGAUGCAGCAUCAUGUUAACGAGG